UUGAAAGGCUACCGGUGUGAACACCGUGUUCUGCCAUUAGACGGAUCCACAGGGCCCCUAAGCCUUCCUAGCUACCGUAGGCUCGCUAUUUGCAUUGCAUUAUUAUUAUUGUUAAUGUGAAGAGGCACAUCUAUCUGUCCUGCACCCAUCACAUGACCAUCACUUCCAACUCAUUAUUCUUUCACACCUUGAGUGUUGUUUUCUAGCGAUGUUGUUGAAGAAGGCCUUCCAGGCGGCUCUUCAGUCGUCCUGUAUCAUGACGGUGGCCGAUGUGGGAACUCAAUGGAUUGUGGAGGGCAAGAAUUUUUCGUCGGAUUACGACGGCACUCGAACAUGUCGAUGGACCAUGGCGGGAUUUUUGCAUGGUCCGUACUUUUUUGCGGGAUUUUCCAUGGUAGAUCAACGCCUGGGAGCAGCCACGUCUCUCAAAGUGGUGGCUCAAAAGACGGCCAUUGCUCAAUUCGUCCUCUUUCCGCCAUACCUGGUAGCCUUGUUUGGUCUGAUGGGUGUGUUGGAAAGGCAUCCCAAUAUUCUCGACAAGAUUCAAGCAAAGGUACCCGAAGCGUUCUUGAGUGGAUGCAUCUAUUGGCCGGUGGCCAACGGAAUCAAUUUUGCUCUGAUUCCUGCGUCGCUUCGUGUCCCUUAUGUGGCUUCGGCGGCCGGUCUUUGGAAUUGUUAUCUGAGUUGGGAAAACGCGCGAGAUUCGGGUGGUAAAGAGUCCGAGGAUGAGACACAGUAAUGAGGGACAUGAAGGAUAUUGUUAUUUUGGUAACAUAAACGACAAUUCUCUUUGAUUUUGGCAAAGAUCCAAGUGGGAGCAGAGGAAUACCGGUACAGAUGCAAAGCCAAUACCGAAGUUGGCGGGCUACGAAGCUCACUUCCGUGGAUGCACUGAUUUUUCCAUCUGAGUGGAGAGACAACAAUUCGUUAAACGAUGUGGAACGAACCUCUUCAGUUUCCGGUGGGCAUACCGGUAUAGCUCAUUUAUUUGGUUCCCUGAUUAUUGAGUGACAAAUGCUCAACGAUCUUGCAUCGUGUCGGUUUCGCGCAUUUUGGACUCAAAAGAAAAUCACAUUUUGGCUCGUUUUGGAGGAGAUCAAAACAAGUUCUGAUGGUUCUAUAUUGUGGAUUAUCCGCUGUUAUCAAUAUUGAAGCUUGUUUGUGGUUGCAGAAGUUCUAGCAUCUGCAACAGAACACAGUACGGUAGCAUCAAUUGCUGCAGGCAAUGUGAUAUGGUCAACAAAUUAAUAACACAUCUAACUAGCUAGCUAUAGCCCAGUUGGCCACUCCUACG